AUGCUGAAUAAGACGCCGUUGACAGCGUUUGGAGAAAUCUGCCACAGGGGCACUGAAAUGGUCUAUAACAUUCCUCAUACUCGUCGCCCUGGAUCUGCCUUGUUCCAAACGGUCUCCCUCGAAAGACAGUCACUCUACAAACUGAACAAAAUCCGAAGGCUUCGAUACGUUACUAGAAGUGCUUCUCCGACCUGCAUAGACUUGGACGACCUGAAGAUCCUGGCUGCAUUGAUUCGGACUACCAAAGGACAAGCUCUGCAGUCGGUAGAAGAAGUGACUGUUUCCUACAACCCUUUGCUUCCCGUGAGAGAUGUGACGUGGGAAAGUAUAUGGAGCACGUGCAUAGGACUGGAUCGGGAACGGGACGAUGUCAAAGACCUUUUCCAAUCCAAGGAUGGACUUGGGUGCUUGGAAAAUUGGACGGUGGUCCGGCGCAUGUGGUACGACAGCAAGCUCAUGGGGGGCCCGUGGUCUCCCUUCGAACGAUUACUGAGGGUUCACGAGGUUCAAUUGGUCUUUCGCAAGUCGCAACCGGUUUCAGCAGUAGAGAAUCCUGAAUGGGUGGAGUUAGCGGGAUGGAGAUCUCUGGGUGAAUGA